AUGCAAGACUCGUUUGCGGAUAAAAUUUAUAUUGAUACUGUGACGAUUUUUGAAGAUUUAUCAAAUGAAUUACUAUUUAAUAUAUUCGAAUAUUUUGAUGCCUAUCAACUUCAUUUAACUUUCAGACAAUUGAACCAUCGUUUCAAUUCUUUACUUACUAAAGUUCGCGUCCAUUUUGAUCUUGAUCCUAUUCCAUUAAAUGAAUUUUUUUCAUUUGUUCUCUCACUCAAUCAUCAUCAAAUUCUAUCGUUUACCUCACGAAAAUUAGAAAAGACACGUUCGUGGCUGUUUGAUAACGAUGAAGUCUUGCAGCAAUUUUCUAAAAUUUCUGCACUUACUCUGUUCGAUGUAACUUAUGGAGUUAUUAAUCGACUGCAUGAACGUCUUCCUAGCUUGAAGAGUACACUUAUCUAUGUGAACGUUGCCGAUACAACAAGAACAACCAUAAAUGGUCAUAAAAAUGAGCAUAUUUACUUCAAACAUUGGUGUCCAACACAUGAGUUUUGUUCGGAUAAAUUUUUUUCUCUUCGUUAUUUGAUCAUGGAUACCGAUUACAACCAUCAAGCAUUCGGAUUGUUAACUCCAACAAUAUCAACAAUCACAUAUUUUAAGCUAGGCUACAUUUAUUCUAUUAUUUGGCUUCUUCAUCUCUUUCGUUAUUCACCGCAACUAAAAGUAUUACAUGUAGAACAGUUCGUCGGUGUGUUAGAUGAUGAUGAUCGUCAAAAUCGUUAUCCAAGCAAAAACCCAAUCAUAUUUCCAUGUGCUCUCAAUAUGCAUAUUGUUGUUCUUAGGAAUUGUUAUUGUGAACCAAUUUCUAUUGAAUAUAUUCUUCGUGCAUGUCCAUAUCUAAAACAAUUCUAUUCAAAUUCUCCAUUGGAUUAUUCUAAUUAUGAUGACAAGAUUCGAAAACAGCUAUGUGAUCCCAUCUUUUGGCAAUCAAUGAUUGAUCAAUGGGGACAACAUUUAAUUAAUCUAAAUAUAACUAUCAAAGGUGAUGAAUCGUUUAUAAAUGAAGAUCUUACUAGUGCUUUCUGGCAACUUAGAUCUUGGCAAGUGAAAACCUUACAUUCGCCACCUUACUUCAUUAUUAGGACUAACGGGAAAAUUCUCGACAGUUCUUUGUUAUCUACAAUAUAA